CAUGUUUCUAGCGUCUUCAAUUCACUCUGUAUUGUAAACUCAUGGCACCGCAAACACAAACGCAAACGCUUCAGCUUCCGGCUACCUCCACCUUGUCCUUCAAGGUGCAUCGGCGGCAGCCGGAGCUUGUUUCUCCGGCGAAGCCAACUCCGCGGGAGGUCAAACUACUUUCCGACAUGGACGACCAACAAGGACGAGUUAGAACACAUCUUAGUCUUAUUUUUCUCUACGAAUCUAAAGAUUAUAAAAGCAACGAUAACAAGAAAAGGGAUCCGGUUGAAAUGAUCCGCAAAGCGCUGGCGGAAACGCUGGUCUAUUAUUACCCAUUCGCCGGUCGGCUCCGGGAAGGGCCCGACCAGAAACUGGUCGUCGACUGCAACGGCGAAGGCGUGAUGUUCAUCGAGGCCGAUGCUGACGUGGCUCUUCAUGAGUUCGGAGAUGAUCUUCUCCCUCCUUUCCCCUGCUUAGACGAGCUUCUGUUUGAAGUGGAGGGUUCUACUGACAUACUCAACUCUCCCUUGUUUCACAUCCAGGUCACACGUCUGAAAUGCGGCGGCUUUAUCUUCGCCCUCCGCCUCAACCACACCAUGGUGGAUGCUGUCGGGUUAACUCUCUUCCUGACAACAAUCGGCGAUAUGGUGCGUGGUGCUCACGCGCCAUCCGUCCAUCCCGUCUGGGACCGUCACCUGCUGGGCGCCAGGGUCCCGGCGCGUGUUACCCACGCCCACCGUGAGUACGACAUGAGAGAAUCGGUGGCUGAGGCCGACAACGUCCAGGGCUCUUUCUUCUUCGGCCCGUCGGAUAUCUCCGCCAUACGUCGACUCCUACAUCCCCAUCAACGCGAACGAGCCACCGAUUUCGAAACCCUAACGUCGUUCAUCUGGCGAUGUCGUACGGCCGCUCUGAGGCUCCACCCGAACACGGAAAUGCGAUUGCAGUGCGUGGUGAACGGUCGUGGUAAACUCAAGAACCCGCCGCUACCGCCAGGAUACUACGGAAACGUAAUCGUGCUUCCAGUAGCGAUCUCCACCGCGAAAGAACUGGUGGAACGUCCUCUGGGUUUCGCCCUGGAGCUCGUGCGCGAGGCGAAAUCGAGCGCUACGGAGGAUUACUUCCGGUCGGUGGCGGAUUUCUUGGCGACGACGAAAAAUUGGGCUCAACCAGAAGGGGAGACACUCUGGCUGGUGUCGGAUCUCAGACGCAUUGGGUUCGAGAACGUCGAUCUAGGGUUUGGAAAGCCGUUGUAUGGCGGUUUGGCCAAGGCUGGGGCCAAGAAUCUGCCGGGCUUGAGCGUGUACGAAAGGCAUAAGAACAAAAAGGGCGAGACCGGAACAGCGGUUCUGAUAUGUUUGCCGGCGCCGGCGAUGGAGAGGUUCGAGAAGGAAGUGAAAGAUGCGCUGUGUGUAAACCCAAAGUAUGUUAUUAAUUCUAUGCUUUAGGCAAAAUAAUAUGUAAAAUCCAAGCUUAUGGGCCUAAUGGAUUUCAUAUGUCGAAUCCAACUAUCUCAGCCCAACACUAAUGUGAGAGAAUCAUAGAUUUUGAAGAUAUUAC